CGAAAGGCUUUUUACGAGGAUGCCGCAAAUCCGCAACUCUGAAGCGGUGUGAAUCAAAUAUAAGUGAAUCUGGCAAAAUGUUCAAAAACCCGGUAAUAUGUUGUAUGCUGGUCAUCCUUCGUUUGUUGAUGAAAUUGCCAGGGACAGAGUGCCAACCAACCUGUUUCAAAAACUCCUCUUACAUAUUUUCGAAAAGCAAAAUUUACAGGUUUCCUAACAAUGAAGUCUGCUCAAUCUUGGGAGGUUAUUUAGUCUCCAUCGAGACUGAGGAAGAAUGGCAGUUUAUCAAUCAUGAGAUUCAGAAGCGUGGUAGUUGGAAUACUUCGGCUACUAAUGCGUGGCUCAUUGGUUUGGAGAAGAAAGACGGGGUUUGGAUAUGGAAGAGUGGAGAACAGCUAAAUAUUUCGAAAUGGCGAGAUUCUGAGCCAAAUGUUAACGACGAAAGGGUGGAAAUAUCCAUGAACAGAGGCCUCUUUAAUGGUAUCUCUUGGAACGAUAGAGGAGAUGCCUACAUUUGCGAGAUGCCCGGAGAAUGCCCAAAGAUAACUUUUAAAAACUCUUGGUACAUAAUUUCGGUGGAUGGAGAGUCCUGGUACUGGAGCAGAGACACUUGCUCAAGUCUAGGCGGGGACCUAGUUUCCUUUGAAACCCAAGAAGAAUGGAAUUUGAUUAAUGACGAAAUUCAAAGGCGAAACACUACGAACUAUGAAAAUAAAUGGAGAAUUGGUUUAAAAAAAAGGGCCAGGAAUUGGACCUGGGUGAGUGGAAGACCGCUGACUAUUUCCAAGUGGGGACAAGGGGAGCCAAGUGGUGAACACGACGCGGCUUUCAUGUACAAGAGGUUCCGUAAUGGCGAACGGGGCGUGUUUGGAACUUAUAAUAAUGAAAGUUGGAAAAAACAGCACGCUUAUAUUUGUGAGAUCCCUAAGGAAGAAUCAUUAACAGUAUCAUCACCAACAUGGACAGCAUCACCAACCUACACAGCAUCACCAACAUGGACAGCAUCACCGACAUGGACAGCAUCACCAACAUACACAGCAUCACCAACCUACACAGGAUCACCAACAUGGACAGUAUCGACAACAAUGACAGUUUUACCAACACCGACUUCAUUAUCAUCAUCAACAACUGAAGGUAAGACGCAGGACCUUGUUGCAGUCAUUUCUGGCGGAGCUGAGGUGAUUCGAGGACUCAAAGAAAACAUCACAUUGGAUGGCUCACUCUCAUAUGACCCUGAGGCUGCACAUGGUGACCAAUCGGGAAUGAACUUUACUUGGCAUUAUGGUAAGAUCACAGGGAAUUACUCCUAUGUGCAGGGAAGGAAAAGAGACUUCUUUAUAGCGGUAAACGAGUCAGCUUUUCAAUAUAAUGGAAGAGCAUCUGGCGUGCAAAUUUCCUUGGAUACAGGGGCUAUGUCUCUUGGUGAUAUCUGCAUAGUUAGACUGGUUGUGACCAAAGACUAUCGCAAUGCUAGCGCUUAUCAAGUCAUCCAUUUCUCGAAUGGAGAUCCCCCUAAAAUAUAUCAAAGGUGUUUCAUAAAUUGUCUGCCUAAAAUCAGCCCCUCAGUACGACUUAGUGUCCGAUCAGAAUGCAAGGGAUUACAGUGCUUCAAAAUUUCUUCAUAUGAGUGGAUACUCUACCAGCGAUAUGAGGGAAACGCGUCCACUGCUUGGCAAAGAAAAUAUGAUUUAGAACUCAUUACAAGUACACCACUAAAUGCAAGCAACAUUGUUAUAAAUGGAGGUUCCCUUGCUGCUGGAAAUAUGUACCGCUUGGCAUUAUUUAUCACAACUAACGACGGUUUAUGGGCGAUGUCAGCCUACGACAUUUCCACCGCGUUACCGCCCACAAGGGGGACAUGCUCGAUCACUCCGUCAAGUGGCAUCUCCUUGGAAUCACACUUUAAUCUGAGCUGUAUCAACUGGACAAGUGACAGCACCCCUCUGUCCUACCGGUUUCAAUAUAGACUAGAGAACGGUAUGUACACUGUGUUAUAUCAUGGCGUCAACAACUCCAUAGUUACUCUUGGGAUACCGCCUGGGAACAAUGCAGAAAACUUUACCAUGAGAUUCAACGUUGUUGUGACUGAUAACUUCGGAAUUUCUGCCUCUCCUGUUAAUCUAACAGUACAGGUUAAGCCCUCCGAGAGUCUAAGACCAGAUGAAAUCACAAGCCUGGAGGCCAUGAUCCAGGAAGUCAUCAGAAAAGGAGACUUGGGAAAAGCGGCACAAUUAGCAAACUCUGUCCUUCAAAUUGUUACACAAGAAACCAAGAUGAAUUUGGAGAAGAAAAUCAAGGUUAUAGACUUUAUAAUAAAAAAUAUUGCGUCAGUGAAAGUAAACAACACUGCAGACCUGCUUCAAAGCUCCUCCGUGAUUGGUUCUGCUCUUCACGUUUUGGAAAAGGUCUCUCCCGAGUCAUUGGAACUGUCGUUAUCGGCUGUCGACUCGCAAACGAAAUUCUUAUGGUCAACCGUCCAGUUGAAGGACGUUGCUGAUUUGUCGUUAGUCACUCGAUCGGCAGAAAACUUAGUUUGGUGUCUUCAAAGGGUGUUAAAGAUAUCCGCAGAGAUGGCGUCAAUAGAUUCCACCUUAAGCUUCCAAGAGCAGGGUGAAAAAUCUGUUAAUACUGCCCUUAAAGUGCUUAGAAAAGUUGCAGACGCAUUGUUAGCCCUGAGAGUCCCAGAUGAAAACAUGAUAUCGAUCUCCACCGGUCACUUGAACAUGACAUUAGGGCGACAUAGCCUGAGUAAACUUGCAGGGCUGCAGAUAAAGGGUGGAAGUGGCAGUUUCAUUUUACCACCAUGGCCUGUCACAGGAAGAAACACAACAAGUUUUGUCGACACCCAGAUGCUAUCAAUGUCAUUCAACCCCUACACCUGGGACAGCACCAGGGAGCGAGUCAACUCUGAAGUUCUAUUUCUGGACCUAAAGGACAAUAAAAGCGAGCUAUUGGAAGUAUCAAGUCUACCAGACGACAUUGUCAUCGUUAUUCCAUCAAAACCUCGGACACUACCGAAGGAGCUAUGGUACUUCACGACGGAUGACGAUUUACGUUUCCACGAGAUAACUGUCAAUUACGAAAACACUUUGAUGCAGCUAGAAGUCAAACCCCAAGAGCCAACUGUACAUCUGUUUGUUUACUUGCGAUUCGGUCAACGGCCAACGACUCAAAACUACGAUCUCAAUGCCACAAUCUCUCAAAAUGGACAGUGCGUUUGGACUGCAAGUGCGCAUGACAAAAAGGAGAGACAACCGGAAUGCUCGUCGAACCCACUUACCCCGAUAGCAACAUUGGCCAGGCAUCCUGGGAAAUACUUUGUAGGCGUAAAAAACUAUAAUGCCACCACGACCACCCCAUACAGGAGAAAGAAAAGAUCGUGUUUUAUCGCUGGACGGCAAAAGCGGUCUUGCGUCGAAGUCAAAGAUCCCCCACCUGCCCUACCCAUGAGUAAAACUGCAUAUGUGACACCAGCUUAUGAUUCCAAAACCGAUCAGAACUACACUCUGAGGGUGGCCUUCGGUAGCUGUGUAUACUGGUCAGCGAAAGUUGAGAUGUGGGUAACAAAAGGCUGUCGGAUUUUAGGAGCAUCGAACAGAUUUAUUAACUGCAGCUGCGAUCACCUGACAUCCUUCGGGGGAAGUCUUUUGGUUAAACCGAAUCCUAUCGACCUCGACAAGGUUCAAGUGCAGAUUCAAAAGUUGCCAGAAUCUGGAAAUAUCACAGUUAUUUUGGCGAUGGCGUUGGUUUUCUUAAGUUACGUGAUUGUGCUUGUUAUCGUCAGGAAAACAGACAUAGAAGACUCUAAAAAUAACGUUUUACCAGUCCAUUUGCCAUCCUCUCCAGAGAGUACAUAUGAAUACGAGAUAGUAAUAACUACAGGAGUCUGGAUAUACUCAGGCACAACAGCUCAAGUUGCUAUGGAGAUUUACGGUUCUGACGGAAGGAGUGGCAUUCUUCAGCUAAGCCAGGAAGAGACUGGUUCAAUUGACGCGUUCUUCUCUCGCGGUAACUCGGCCGUGUUUGUACUGUAUGUUAACAAAUCACUUGGUGUGAUUCAAGAAGUGAAGAUUGGUCAUAACAACUUUGGUGACAGUCCUUCGUGGUUUUUGGAGGAAAUUUUCAUUCGGGACGUACAAUCCAAUCAGUCUUGGAAAUUUAUGGUCAGUCAGUGGUUUGCUCUUGAGCGCGGAGACGGGCGUAUCGAGCGAAUGUUUCAAGCAACGGUAUCUCAAAUGGACUUUGCCAGUGAGGUUGCAAGACGCUGGCGGAGAGGGCUUACAGAGCUACAUAUUUGGGUUUCAGUCGCUGCCAAACCAAAGAGAAGCCACUUUUCAAGAGUACAGCGGGUUUCUUGCUGCCUUUCAGUGCUUUUGACAUCCAUGUUUGCAAACGCGAUGUUUUAUGAGCUACAUGGCAGAUAUGAACAACCUUUUCAAGUUGGACCGUUGGAAUUCUCGUGGAGACAACCUGAUUUGGGAAAAGAGUGUCAGUGA